UUGACACAUUUUUGUUUUGCUUGACAAGCUAACCCAUUUUUUUUCAAUCAAAGCUAGCUGGUCAACACCACAUUGAAACCAUAUAUAGCUAGCUACAUGUGUUUCUGUAAUUUCAAACGAUCUAAGUAAUGUUGCUGAUGUGCUAGCCAGCAAGUGUAUCGUUGGGCACAUUUGGAAUACAAUGCCAUCUUCGAUGGAAGGAUCUUCUAGAGAAGGUGAACCGUUUACUGUGAAACAUGAGCUGAAAAAUGCCAACCUGACCGGCCACGUAGAGAGGGUGGGAAUUGAGAACUUUGAGCUGCUAAAGGUGCUGGGAACUGGAGCCUAUGGCAAGGUGUUCCUGGUGCGUAAAGUGAGCGGUCAUGAUGCAGGUCAACUAUACGCCAUGAAGGUGUUGAAGAAGGCCACAAUCGUACAGAAGGCCAAGACAGCAGAACACACACGCACAGAGAGACAGGUUCUGGAACACAUCAGACAGUCACCGUUCCUCGUCACCCUCCACUACGCCUUCCAGACAGACACCAAGCUGCACCUCAUACUAGAUUAUGUGAACGGUGGGGAGCUCUUCACACACCUGGUACAGAGGGUUCGGUUCAAAGAGCAGGAGGUAUCUCUGUAUAGUGGAGAGAUAGUCCUGGCGCUGGAGCACCUACACACGCUGGGUAUAGUCUACAGAGACCUGAAGCUGGAGAACAUCCUCAUGGACUCCAGCGGGCACAUAGUGCUUACAGACUUUGGCCUCAGCAAAGAGUUUGAUGAGUUGGAGAGGGCUUACUCUGUCUGUGGCACCAUUGAGUACAUGGCCCCAGAGAUCGCAGAGGGAGGAGAGGCUGGCCAUGACAUGGCUGUAGACUGGUGGAGCCUUGGAGUAUUAAUGUAUGAACUUAUGACGGGUGGAUCACCAUUCACUGUCGAUGGAGACCAGAACUCUCAUACAGAUAUCGCCAAGAGGAUCUCGAAGAAGGACCCUCCGUUCCCCAAAGACAUGAGCUCUCUGGCCAAAGACCUCAUCCAGCGCCUCCUCAUCAAAGACCCAAAGAAGAGACUGGGCUCUGGGCCUGACGGAGCUGACAACGUUAAGAAACAUCCAUUCUACCAGAAGAUAAACUGGGAGGACCUGGCAGCUAAGCGGUUGCUCGCCCCGUUCAAGCCGGUGAUCAGGGAUGAGCUGGAUGUCAGCAACUUUGCGGAGGAGUUCACCGAAAUGGACCCCACCUACUCCCCUGCAGCGAUGCCUCAGAACUGUGACCGCGUCUUUCAGGGCUACUCGUUCAUGGCCCCCUCCAUCUUGUUCAAGAGAAAUGCUGUGAUGGAUGACACGCUGCAGCUGUGUGGAGGAUCAAGAUCACAGAGACCAGGGUCUGCUGCUGUGGCCCGCAGCGCCAUGAUUAAGGACUCUCUGUUUUACAUGAACUAUGAGAUGGACCUGAAGGACAAUGCCCUUGGUGAAGGAAGCUUCUCUAUCUGUAGGCAGUGCACCCACAAGAAGACUGGACAGAUGUACGCUGUGAAGAUCGUCAGUAAGAGGAUGGAGGCUCAGACACAGAAAGAGAUCACAGCUCUGAAGCUCUGUGACGGCCAUCCCAACAUCAUCAAGACUCACGAGAUUUACCAUGACCAGCUGCAUACGUACCUGGUGUUGGAGCUGCUGCGUGGUGGAGAGCUGCUGGAGAGGAUCCGGAGGAAGCAGCACUUCAGUGAGACGGAGGCCAGCCGCAUCAUGAGGAGACUGGUGUCAGCCGUCAGCCACAUGCACGAUGUAGGAGUGGUACACAGAGACCUCAAACCAGAGAACCUGCUGUUCACAGAUGAGAGUGAGAACGCUGAGAUAAAGAUCAUAGACUUUGGUUUUGCCCGGCUGAAGCCUCCAGACAACCAGCUGCUGAAGACGCCGUGUUUCACCCUGGCCUACGCCGCGCCGGAGAUCCUCAAAUACGACGGCUACGACGAGUCAUGUGACCUCUGGAGCCUGGGGGUCAUCCUGUACACCAUGCUGUCGGGUCAGGUGCCGUUCCAGUGUCAGGGGAAGAGUCUGGCCCGCACCAGUGCUGAAGAGAUCAUGAAGAAGAUUAAACAGGGAGACUUCUCCUUCGAGGGAGAGGCUUGGCAGAGUGUCUCACAGCAGGCCAAAGACCUCAUACAAGAGCUGCUGACUGUGGACCCUGACAAGCGGAUCAAGAUGUGUGGUCUGAGGUACAACGCCUGGCUCCAAGACGACAGCCAGCUCUCCUCCAACCCUCUGAUGACACCUGACAUCCUGGGUUCCUCCACCACCGUGUCUGUACACACUUACGUCAAGGCUACCUUCAAUGCGUUCAACAAGUGUAAGCGGGAGGGUUUCCGUCUGCAGACGGUGGACAAGGCCCCGCUGGCCAAGAGGAGGAAGUUGAAGAAGACCAGCACCAGCACCGAGACCAGGAGCAGCUCCGGAGAGAGCACCCGCUCCUCUUCCUCCUCCUCUCAGUCCCACCCGGACACCCGCUCCUCCUCCUCCUCCUCCCAGUCGCACCAGGACACCCGCUCCUCCUUCUCCACCUCUUCCUCCUCCUCCUCCACCUUGUCUCACCACAACACCCACUCCUCCUUUUCCUUCUCCCAGUCUCACCAGGACACCCUCUUCUCCUCCUCCUCCCUGUCCCACCAGGACACCCACUCCUCCUCCUCCCUGUCCCACCAGGACACCCACUCCUCCUCCACCCUGUCUCACCAGGACACCCACUCCUCCUCCACCCUGUCUCACCAGGACACCCACUCCUCCUCCACCCUGUCCCACCAGGACACCCACUCCUCCUCCUCCCUGUCCCACCAGGACACCCACUCCUCCUCCACCCUGUCUCACCAGGACACCCACUCCUCCUCCACCCUGUCCCAACAGGACACCCACUCCUCCUCCACCCUGUCUCACCAGGACACCCACUCCUCCUCCACCCUGUCUCACCAGGACACCCACUCCUCCUCCACCCUGUCUCACCAGGACACCCACUCCUCCUCCACCCUGUCCCACCAGGACACCCACGCCUCCUCCACCCUGUCCCACCAGGACACCCACUCCUCCUCCACCCUGUCCCACCAGGACACCCACUCCUCCUCCACCCUGUCCCACCAGGACACCCACUCCUCCUCCACCCUGUCUCACCAGGAGAAGACUGGGGGAGACGACGUCGCCGACCCUCCACCCCAACCUUCCAUCAGCUCCACCACCACCCCUGUCACCACACCCCUCUCCAUGGGCUCAGACAACGACCCCGCUCCGGAACGCUCGCCGCCUCCAGCCUUCUACUUCUCAGACUGA